AGGCCGCUGCACAGGGCGUGAGAGCAGCACCGCUAGCAUGGAGCGUGACAGACCACUGAAAGGAAAGGGUGGAGGGAAGAGAGGUAAAGGUAGAGGCGGCGGCGGCGGCCGCGGCAGGGGCGGUAGGCCAAAGUCGUCACAAGGUAGGGGUCACGGCCACCGACAUCAUGCUCAAGGCGACAGCUGGCGGAGGAACGGAGGAGCAGCACGGGAGAUGAUCGAUCGCGAGAGGGACGAGUCGGGGGAAUUGGCCCAGUCCAUCACUGUCAGCCUUCGCAUGUGGGACUUCGAGCAGUGUGACGUGAAGAAGUGCACGGGUCGCAAGCUUUGCCGGCUCGGACUCGUCCGGGAAAUGGAGCUUGGCGCGCCGUUCUCGGGACUGGUGCUCAGCCCCAACGGCGAACUAACGGUGUCGCCCGCCGACAGGGAGGUCGUCGAGACUCUGGGCAUGUCGGUGAUAGACUGCUCGUGGGCCCGACUCGACGAGAUACCUUUCCACCAGAUGCGGAGAGGCCACCACCGGCUGCUUCCUUUCCUCGUCGCGGCAAACCCGGUCAACUACGGGAAACCCAUGAAGCUCACGUGCGCGGAGGCAAUAGCGGCCACUCUGUACAUCGUGGGGCACCAGGACGAGGCCGUGAAGGUGAUGGACCAGUUCGGGUGGGGGGCGGAGUUCCUGCGCGUGAACGAGGAUGUCCUGGAGACCUACGCGGCGUGCGCGGACGGGGCUGAGGUGGUCAAGGCCCAAGCGGCGUUUUUGGCACGAUGCGAGGAAGAGGCCAACUCCCGCCGCGACGCCGUCUCGAUGGAGGACAUGAUGCCUCCCUCGUACUCCGACGAAGAGGAGUACGGCAACCACGGUUCCGAGAACGGUUCCGAGAACGGUUCCGAGAAUGGUUCUUCUGAAGGCGUCACGGAGAGAGGCAAGUUCUGCGACGCUCUGUUGAUGCCCGCGGCGGUAUUAGUGGCAUCUGUGUUGUUGUUUUUUCUCAUCCCUUGCGGCUACAUAGUCACCUCAGAUGUGAAGACCGGGCAGCAGUGA